CUCAUUUUAAAUUCCAGUCGCUCUUUAUAAGUCUGUUCACAAUGCGCGUCACUACUACCUUUGGUUCCCUAAUCUUGGGCGUGGGCCUCUGCGCCGCUCGCGCUUGUGUCCCCCAUCCUCGGCCGACAACAACAUCGUCGUUCAGCAGCGAAAUUGGCACUACAACGGCUGGAGGCUCGGCCACAACGACGACUUUCCAAGAGACUCUAAGCAUCACUGAGUCCGACUCAAGCAUUGAGUCAUCUGUUACCAUAGAAACCUCUACAGCCAACUCUGCCACUACAGAACUGGAGACGACUACUUCUGGCUUAACCUCUCAAGAGACUUUGAGUGUCGCUGAGUCCCAGACCAGUGUUGAAUCUUCUGCCACUACGACCGAUGGUGUCAGCUCUUUUACUACCAUCCUCGCGACUACGACUGCUGUCACUUCCCAAGAGACCGAGACCUCUACAACCGCCGACGAAGCCACAAGCACAACAGUCGAAGCCACUACGACUACAGCUGGCCCUCCCGUGAUUACUAACCUCGUCGAGAAUGGUGGUUUCGAAGACUCUACCAUCGAUCCUUGGGUGGUAGAAGGAGCCUCUCCGGCAGUCUUCAGUAGCCAGUUUUUCUGCGCCGAGGGUAGCAAGUGUCUGCAAUUGCCUGGAAACCUUGACAAUUCCGCCAAGGUCUGCCAGCGCGUCGCAGUUGAGGCGGGCUUUGAGUACACUUUCAAAGCGCAGGUUAGCCAGAACUGUAUCAAAGAGUAUGGUUCAAACACACUUACCUGCGAUGACAAUAUUAAUACCGCUGAACUGUCCAUUGAUGGGGUAUUUGACUCUGGUGAAGAUGGCAUUGUCGGGUAUAAUACCUACAAAGACUUUACUUACACCUUCUCAUAUGUCGAUCCAAGCAUUGACUCUACUGAUCUUUGCAUUACUAUCACGCAGAACCAAGGCCUUGGCCCCGUCUUUUACCUUGAUGGCGUUUCUUUCACGCGUGGGCAAGCUGUACCUAUUCCUGACCCGACGGAUGAUUAAGGGUUCAUAACAACAUAUAAACAUCGACCAGGCUGGACAAGUUUAUUUCUCUUGGAGGUAUGAAGGCACGCAUGGUGAGUAGUUUGAAGCUGGUUAAGCUAUUAAUUGUCUCUGCUGAGUGAAGCUCCUGUACAUCAUAUCACGCCACGCUUAAUACCAGUUACCUAUAUUUCUUACC